AUGGCAGAGAACGGCGUCAGCCCCAAUGUUAUGUUCGCAGAGGAAAAGACAGGUUGGACGGGAUACGUAGAAUGGGAGAAAUAUCCUGAGAAGAAGCUACUCGCGCAGAACAUAUUGGCUAGCCAUAAGUUCUCCCCCAUUCCUGAAUUUCAAUUCGUUCCCUUGCCUGACACAAAUCCUGUUCUAAUCGGACAUCGCUGGAAAGAAUAUCACGAGGCCCUUGGACUGAAGUCCAUCGUAGAUUUCUCCUGGAAGACCGUCCUCAAGGAGAAGCCGGAUUUGAUCCAUCUCCUUGACUUUCCUUAUAACGGAGAAACCCGCAGGGACCAGCUACUGACUGAGAAGUUAACGCCCAACAAGUAUCAUUUCAUCAGGAACCACGGUGGCGUACCAGACAUCGACAAAGAUGUGUACGAGCUCGAAAUCACCGGUCUAGUGAACCGACCGAUCAAGAUAUCACUCAAAGACCUCCAAGAUAUCAACAAAUUCCCGCAAGAGGAAGUCACCGUCACGAUACAAUGCAGUGGUACACGAAGAAUUGAACAAAUAAGGGAAUAUCCGGGGGACGGCGAUGAGCUCAUUAACGCUCCCUGGGGUGAAGGCGCCAUUGGCACUGCCGUCUAUCGAGGCGUUUCCCUCAAGAAAGUCCUUAAGAUUGCUUGCGGUGGCGUGAAGCCGGAGUGUAAGCAUCUUGAAUUCUUCGGCGCUGAUACAUAUUUCAAGAAGGGUCAAGUAUAUAACUACGCUGUUUCGGUCCCCUGGCGCAAGGUUCGACAAUCCGAUGAGGUCAUACUAGCUUGGAAGAUGAACGGCGUUGACCUACCGAAGAUCCACGGUUAUCCCUUACGAGUUGUCGUGACGGGGUAUAUCGGAGCCCGAAGUUGCAAGUGGUUGACUCGCGUCAACGCAAGAUCGGACGAGAGCGAUGGGCCAGUGCAAAGCAAGGAAUAUCUGUACUACAGUCAACAGAUCGGUAAGCAGAAUGCCAGAUACUCGAACGGCUUUUCUAUCCAGCAAAUGCCUGUUUCGAGCGCUAUAAUUAGUCCCGUCGACAAGCAAGUCAUUAUUCACGAUGGGUUCAUAACACUUCGUGGUUGGUCAUACAGUGUCAACAGUGGUCAUGUAUGGUACGCAGUACCUCAAGAAAAUAUGACUGAAAAGCACUACCACGCCUGGCGACUCUGGACGAUUGAUCUCCCUGUGGAGCCUGAGGGCUGGCUCGAAUUCUGUGUACGCACCUGGGACUCUUCGAACAACACAGAGCCGACCUUCGUGCGGUCGGCAUGGAACUGGGAUCUACACGUAACCUCAUCCUGCCAUCGUAUCAAGAUCUACAGUGUCAACCGCUCUAGGCCUGCAACCGCGCAAAGGCUGAAGGAGAUUGAGGACAGGGGCGAAGAGUUUGCGCCCCUGUCUAAGCCGCUGGAAUGGUCUUUGGAGGGCGAGGAGGAACGUUUCAGGAUAUCCCAGCGCUUUCCCCGUGAGCCGGAGAACUAG